AUGAUGGACCGGAGCUGGCCUCUACGGGACCUGGAGUCGUCGACGCAGGCCGUGGCGACAACCAGAGAAGAGGUGGUGGAAGGCGGCCUGGAAGAUGCACACGAAAGGGACACGGCACUCCAGGAAGCCAGCGAGGACUACCACCGCUUUAUCGAGGCAGUUGAGCGGUCGUCGAAGCAGUCGGCAGCCGUGGCCGAGCUGAGACGCUCGCAGAAGCGCAAGAGACUGCCUAUGGGCACGACUAGACUGUAUGAUCACGGCCGGUUGCGCCUGAUUCCGACCCCAUCAGCCCAUCCUGUUGAUCCCCUGAACCUCUCGUUCCGACGCAAGUGGGCUGCCAUUGGUGCCGUCUGUUUUGCUGUGGCUGGCGAGUCUGCUAUUGGCAGUCUGUUGCUGCCCAUCUUCGCACUCGAGUACGCCGGUGUCGACCCACAUGCCAUCCGCCAGACGAACGCCACCACCGUCACGGCUGCAGCCUUGGUGUCCCAGAUCGACUCGCCAGUAGAUGUGCUACUGCCAACAGGCACGGUGCUGCCGGCGACCAGCCAGAUGGCGCUCCUAGCCACGGUGCCGCUGUUUGUGGCAGCUGUUGCCGGCUACGUCUUGGUGCCACUGUCGGUGGCCGUGGGCCGGCGGCCAGUGCUGCUUCUGGCAGGCGCCUGCACGUGGGCCGGAGCUCUGUGGGCAGGCCUCAGCAGUUACUCGCCGGUCCUGUCGCCAUUUGUGCAACAUGUGGCUGCACGCGCCGUUAUGGCCGUGGGUGCCGGCGCAGCCAGCGUUCUUGUUCCUCUGGUGGCCGCCCACGACCUCGUCUUCCUGCACCAGCAGCACACGGCACUGGUGGCAGUGGUGGCCUGCCAUGCCGUGACCACGGCCGUCAUCAGUGCAGCGACGCCCUACGUGGCGGCCUUUUACGACUGGCGCUGGAUGUACUUCAUCCUGGCCGCGCUGGGCUUUGUGGCCUGGCUGUUGCUGGUGGCAUUAGUGCCGGAGACACGGUGGACACAACGUACCACGGCCGAGCUGAGUGGUGUCUGCAGCGGCAGCAGCCCAAGAUACGCAGACGAGCCACAGACACUCGACUAA